CAAGAGAAGCCACAAUUUAUUACUGCUCUGAUACAGUAAGAAAUUACUAUUGUUAUUUUUAAUGAAAUUUAUAAAUCACUGCAAGAAUUUAAAAGAAAAGCAUUUUUUUCCUGCUAAAAGAUCCCUCCCCCCGCCCCGUCAAGUCCAGGAGACCUUACAUGUUGACAAAAUGAACAUGGAAAGGCAUACUUGCCAAUAGAACACUAACUGUGAGAUUUGUUUUGAAACAUGAUAAUAAUAACAAUAAACUCUGGGCUUAAGUACAAACUAAUGGAGCAAAGAUGGGUUGGAAACGCACAAAGUUCUCUAACUUGGAAACUGAAGACUUGGUGGAACAGCCCCCCUCUCUUAAAAUUAUGUCACCCUCUGGGAUAGAUAAAAAGCGUAUAUUCCGUGACAUAAUACUCUGUAUAAUCUUCUUAAUCUGUGGCAUUUUAAUCGGAUGGUUUUCAAAGAGUACACACCAUGAGAAAAAGACUUUUAAGUGCAUAAACCAUAACUCGGCUACACCUUCAACAUCACCUGAUCAUUCAAAUCAAUUUUUUACUUCAUAUUCAACAACUGAAAGUCACUUACUGAGGGAUGAUCCCAUUGAAAAGAUUUUAGCAAACCUAGAUAAACAGAGAAUCAAAAGUAAUUUACGAGACUACACACAAAAACCUCGUUUAACAGGAACGCCUGGUGAGAAAGAAUUAGUGGAUAAAAUCUUUAACACAUGGAAGGAGAAUGGCUUGACUGGCGUUGUUAUCACACCAUAUAGAAUUCUUAUGUCAUAUCCAAACAUAACUCAACCAAAUCAGAUUGAAAUCCGUUUUCAAAAUCAAACAGUGUUUACGUCCCAUUUCUAUGAAAAAACACUCAGAAAAGAAGAUGAUUCAUCAAAACUUGUGCCACCUUACAAUUCCUUUGCACCCAGUGGCAUUGCUGAGGGUCCUUUAAUCUAUGUCAACUAUGGCAGAAUUGAAGACUUUCAGUACCUCCAUAAAAAUCAUUCCGUAAACUUCAAAGGCUCAAUAGUCAUUGCACGCUAUGGAAAGAUUUUUAGAGGUGAUAAGCUAAAAAUAGCAGCCCAGUACAAUGCAAGUGGAAUGAUCUUGUACACAGACCCAGCAGACUUCAACAUUGGUGAGAAUAAAACAUAUCCAGAUACAUGGUGGCUACCUGAGCAGGCUGUGCAGAGAGGAACAGUGGGUGGUGAUGGAGACUACUUGACACCAUUAUAUCCCGCUACAGAAGACGCAUAUCGGAUAAGUUUGGCUGAAGCCAGAAAGCUGUUACCAAAAAUACCUUGUCAACCCAUUGGUUAUGGUGAUGCCCAAGUAUUAUUAUCUGAGAUGGAUGGUGAAGUAGUUCCUUCAGAUUGGCAGGGAAAACUCCCCAUAACAUACAAAAUAGGUCCAGGUCAUGUAAAUUCUUCAUUAACAGUCAGGUUACAAGUGAACAACUAUGAGAGCAUUACAACAACAUGGAAUGUCAUUGGAUAUAUUAAAGGGGAAUUGGAACCAGAUCGGUAUGUCAUAUUGGGAAAUCAUCAUGAUUCUUGGGUUUAUAGUGCUGUAGAUCCUUUGUCUGGGGCUGCAUCUUUGACUGAGAUCACACGAGUUCUGGGAAAUAUGUCAAAGGAAGGCUGGAAACCAAGAAGAACAAUCGUAUUUUGUUCAUGGGGAGGGGAAGAACAGGGUCUUAUUGGCUCUACAGAAUGGGUUGAGGAACAUAUGAAAGAAUUGUAUGAACGUGGUGUUGCAUAUCUAAAUGUGGAUUAUGCUCUUGACUUUUACGAAAAACUCUCUAUAAAUACAAGCCCAUUGCUGCAAGAUGUUAUGUAUAAAAGUGCCAAAAAGGUUCCCAAUCCAAGCCCGCACCACAAUGGUACUACUUUGUAUGAUAAUUGGAAGCACCAGUACCCUGAAGGAGAUGAGCCAAAGGUGAGUUACUCGUUAGGAUCUGGCAGUGAUAUGGCAACAUUUUACCAGCGUGCUGGUGUCCCAAGCAUGGACUUUUUUUAUACAUAUGAUUCAGAAAAAUGGAAAACAUUGUCUUACCCUUCGUACCACACUGCCUAUGACACAUUUUAUUAUUACACUAAAUUCGUAGACCCCAGCUUCAAUUAUACACUUGCUAUCUCACAGUUGUGGUCAAUACUAGCCUGUUACCUGGCUGAAGACAAAAUUUUAGAAUUUGAUCUCCGGCGAUAUUCCAACAUCAUUGCAGUGUCUGUGUAUGACUUAUGUAAAAAGCAUGAUCACAUUUUCUCAAACCGUUCAGUCAAUAUUGAGUCAUUACAUGAUGCCUCAAAGAAAUUUGUACAAGCAACAGAAAAAUUUCAUGAUUUCUAUAAACCUAAAAUUGAUGCAGACAACCCGUUACAAGUACGAAUACUGAAUGACAAAAUGAUACAGCUGGAGAGAACCUUUAUUGAUCCUGAAGGAAUAAUUGGCAAAAGACAAUACAAACAUGUCAUUUUUGCACCCAUGGAACACGAUGCUUAUUCAGAUGCUUCUUUCCCUGGAAUCAAGGAGUGUAUUUGGAAAAUCGAAAAUGAAAAUGCUGACGUUUGGGAGGAGCUGAAACAACAGAUCUCAGUUGCUACGUACACAAUCCUGACGGCUGCUGAGUCACUUGAUGAAAUUGGAUUAGGGUUUAACAGAGCAAACCAUACCGAGUGAUCUGGUGAUCCGUCAAGCCUAUUACAUCAGUGGUCAGAAUCCAGAGCUUGUUAACUGAGUGAUCCAUCAAUCAAAUAUUGAUGAUGUGGAUCACAUUCCAUGCAUUUUUUAAGUGAUCCAUCAACGCUAAAUCAUCAUGAUUCAUGGUCUUUACAAAAUAUUAUUUUAGACUAUUUUUUAAAUCCAAUCUUUUAUUAUUAUUAUUAUUAUUAUCAUUAUUAUUGUUAUUAUUAUUAUUAUUAUUAUUAUUAUUACUUUCAAUUUUUUAUUAUUAUCUUUUCAUUUUUUUCUACAAAUGAUCGUUUUACUGAGAGUUGAACGAGAUAUUUGGAAAAAGAGAAAAGAAAAAUGAUGAGGUGUUAUUUAAUCCAAAAGAAAACAUCGAAACUACACUGGUAUAUUGGUUAGCUAUAUAACAUAUUUUCUCACAGGUUUUUAAUACCCUAAGGGAUCAGUUUUGAUCCUACAGAUCAAUUUCCCCUUCAGUUUGCUACCACAACAUAACAGUAUAGAUACCAAUUUACUGUCAUUAGCUUCCAUUCCUUGGUGCUAAUUCCUUGGCAUUUCCCUACACUCCAAAUUUCUACAGCUUCAGGUUUUUUUCUGUUGUUUCUGGGAUAUUUCUGGGAUUAUAUUCAAUGUUUUAGUAAAUUAUAAACUCUUCUUUUGUUCUUUUUC